AUGGCGGGGACGAUACGACAUCUAUCUUCAUACCAUCAUGAACAUCCGUCACACGAACCGACAGCAAAUUCGUUGAUAACAGAGAUCAACGUGCAACUGGCGCUGUUCCGCGACCUGCUUAUCCACAUCGGCCAGCCGCCCGACUGCCCCGAGCUGCGCGAGCGCGUGCGCCGACUGCGCCGCGCCUGCGUCGAGGCAACUAAGCAAACCAGUCAGCUCGUCUUACCUACGUGUAAAAAGACUACAAGCGAGGGAUGUGUAGAGCAACCACAGCUGGUGUUAUUGUACUUCAUGUCGCAAUUGCUGCUGCGAGAGCUCGCUAAGUGCCACCGGCUUGUGCAGCUCGUGCCAAUGGAUAUGACGUCAUAUUACGAGAAUCGUGCCGGCCCAUCGAACUUCGGUAACGUGAUAAGUCAAAUACUCCUGUGCAAACAAAUCACUCCAGACUUCAAUCAGGAAGAACUUUGCAGUAUCGCUAAAGACACACAAGAUAUUAACAGGAUAGUGAACGAUAUUCAAGAAUACCUGCCUCAACAAGAAAACCUCAACCAUUUAGAAACAAAUGUAGCGCUCAAAGGUGACGACGUGAACGGCUUAUGGAAGAAUAAGCGACGAGGAUCGCUUUACAAAGGAAUGGGAGUUCUGUGCUGUAUGUCCCGACCGAAUUAUCUUUGA